AAAAACAAAAAACUUUAGUAGUAGUUUAUUUUUUCCAGAUAAGAUAAUAAUCAAGCAACCGCUGCAAACAUCUCCGGCGGUCCGUUUCAAAGUCUCUAGUUACCUUCAUCGCAUCGAUUCGUCUGACCUAAAUAAAUCCAACUAUCCAAAACCCUAAUUCGACCAAUGUCGACGUCUGGGCAGCCUCAAUUCCGAUACACCCAGACGCCAUCGAAGGUCCUCCACCUUCGCAAUCUUCCAUGGGAGUGUAUCGAAGAAGAGCUUAUCGAGCUCUGCAAACCCUUCGGCAAGAUCGUCAACACCAAGUGCAAUGUUGGCGCCAAUCGCAAUCAGGCCUUUGUUGAAUUCACAGACCUAAAUCAGGCCAUUAAUAUGGUUACAUAUUAUGCUUCAUCUUCAGAGCCUGCGCAGGUUCGUGGGAAAACUGUGUAUAUUCAAUAUUCUAAUAGACACGAAAUUGUGAACAACAAAGGUCCAGGAGAUGUUCCGGGAAAUGUUCUGCUGGUAACCAUUGAGGGAGUAGAAGCCGGUGAUGUCAGCAUCGAUGUUAUUCAUUUGGUGUUCUCAGCUUUUGGCUUUGUCCACAAGAUUGCAACUUUUGAGAAGGCUGCAGGUUUUCAGGCAUUGAUCCAAUUCAGUGAUGCUGAGACUGCAGCUGCAGCAAGAGAUGCAUUAGAUGGAAGAAGCAUACCCAGGUACUUGCUUCCAGACCAUGUUGGUUCAUGCCACUUGCGCAUCUCCUAUUCGGCGCACACAGACUUGAAUAUUAAGUUCCAAUCUCAUCGAAGCAGGGAUUAUACAAACCCAUAUCUUCCUGUUAAUCCUACCGCUAUUGAGGGAUUUGCUCAGCCUGCUGUAGGACCUGAUGGAAAGAAAAAGGAACCUGAGAGUACUGUGCUUCUUGCAUCAAUUGAAAAUAUGCAGUAUGCUGUCACAGUGGAUGUUCUUCACACGGUGUUCUCUGCAUUUGGUACUGUCCAGAAAAUUGCUAUAUUUGAGAAGAAUGGCGGAACACAGGCACUAAUUCAAUAUCCUGACGUCACAACCGCAGCAGUCGCCAAGGAUGCUUUAGAGGGACACUGCAUAUAUGAUGGUGGCUAUUGUAAGCUUCAUCUAUCAUACUCUCGUCAUACUGAUCUCAAUGUAAAGGCAUUCAGUGACAAAAGUAGAGAUUACACAAUCCCCGAAUCAAGUUUGCUUGCAAUGCAACAGGCUCCAACAGCUUGGGAGAAUCGUCCACCCGCUCCUAUGUAUCAAGGGAGUGAGUUUAGUGCUGGUGGGGCUGUGCCAGGUCAAGCUCCGGGUGGACAAGUGCCCUCAUGGGAUCCAAACAUGCAGGCGGGCAGACCAAACUUUGUUUCAGCUCCCGGCACAUUUUGCAGCCAAACGUAUGCACCAUCUGCUUCAGCUUAUGCUGUGGCUUCUCAUCAGCCUAAUGUGGGACCUGGUGGUGCUUCACCUCCAGGUCAGCCUCCUUACUAUCGCUAGUAAGUUGUACCAGUUUCUCCCUCAAAGAUUGUGUCAUUCACAGAAUUGAUUCUUUUGAAUCGUAAAAUUUGUGUCUUGGAAGCACAAUAAAAUUCUUCAUGCCCGCGUUUCGUUUGCAGCUAGGCUCUUUUAGUCUCUCUCUCUCAUUGCUCUUUGACUGAUUGCCACCAAACUUUUAAUUCUUUGUGUUGUGCUCUAAUUGCAGUGUGUCAGAAUUUUUGGUUUUUUAACUGGUAAAGAAAUUUCAUGGUGGUCUGAUUUGAUUGACUUGUUUUGA